AGAAAGGAAGUACUUAAGUUCAGCCCAAGUUAUUUCACUGCCUUUUUUUGUUUUUACCCACCUAAACUUGCUCAUUUUGACUCCAUUCGAGGAACAGAAACAAUGUCGGGCUUCGUCAAAGGUCCCUCUUACGGCUUAUCCGCGGAAGUCCGAAACAAGAUUGCACAGAAAUACGACCUCCAGAAGGAGGAGGAGCUGAGAAUCUGGAUCGAGGACCUCACCGGCGCCACCAUCGGCCCCGACUUCCAGAAGGGCCUCAAAGAUGGACUCAUCCUGUGCGAGCUAAUGAACAUACUCCAGCCAGGCUCGGUGAAAAAUGUCAACCGUUCAUGCUCAAACUGGCACCAGUUGGAGAACCUGACCAAAUUCAACAAAGCGCUCAUCGCUUACGGCCUGAAGCCGCACGACAUCUUCGAGGCCAACGACCUGUUCGAGAACGGCAACAUGACUCAGUUCCAGACAACAAUGUUGGCGCUGGCCAGCAUGGCUAAGACCAAGGGUUCGCACUCACGGGUGGACAUCGGCGUGAAAUAUGCGGAUAAACAGAAGAGGACCUUUGAUGAGGAGAAGAUGAAGGCUGGCCAGUGUGUUAUUGGCCUGCAGAUGGGGACCAACAAGUGUGCCAGCCAGGCAGGUAUGAGUGCUUAUGGCACUAGGAGGCAUUUGUAUGAUCCCAAGGGUCAAAUCCUGCCCCCCAUGGACAACACCACCAUCAGUCUGCAGAUGGGCACCAACAAGGGUGCGAGCCAGGCCGGGAUGACCGCGCCGGGGACCAGACGCGCCAUUUACGACCAGAAGCUGGGCACGGAUAAAUGCGACAACAGCACCAUGUCCCUCCAGAUGGGCUACAGCCAGGGAGCCAACCAGAGCGGCCAGAACUUCGGCCUGGGCCGGCAGAUCUACGACGCCAAGUACUGUUCCAAAGGCAGCGAGGUCGCAGACGAAACGAACGGGGCGAGCGGAGUCUACAUCCCAGACUACCAGGAUGAGGGUUACCAGGGUUACCAGGAAGAGGAGCAGGUCUACCAGGAUGAAGGGACGGAUUACUAGAUGGAUGGAAGGAAGAGCUGGAAAAAAAGGAGAAGAGAUGAUGGAAAAAGAAAAAAAAAAAAAAAAAACCUCAAGGCAGAUGUUUUAGUUUUAUAUCAAAAAGGAUCUGGCAACGUCUUUGGGUCAUACCUUUUAUAGUAUUCCAGGAAUGUUUUCUUAGCCUUUGUACUUCCAACCCCAACACAAUGAACUGUAUUUUUCUGUAAUUGUUAAACAUGGAAAGUGACCACAGAAGCCAAUUAUUUGGCUUGACUAGUUUUGUACCCAGGGACCUUUUUUUUUAUUAUUAUUGUUGUGCCAAAUGUCUCACUAACUUAGUUGUGCUAUGGGAGAUCUUGGGGACACUGUUUUAUCUUUGAAAUAUUUAGCCGGCGAUUAAUACGCCCACACUUCUGUAAGAAAAACAUCGUUUUAGGUCUUGGGGUUCUAUAGACGUCGCAGUUCAUUAAAAGGACACGUGGACUCUGGUCAUAGCCUGAAGAACUUGGCUUCCGGGCGCACAUUUGCGGUCCCUUUUCUCGUGGGAACUACAAACCCCGUUUCCGUAUGAGUUGGGAAAUUGUGUUGGAUGUAUAUAUAAACGGAAUACAAUGAUUCGCAAAUCAUUUUUAACCCAUAUUCAAUUGAAUGCACUACAAAGACAAGAUUUUCAAAUUCAUAAACUUUUUUUUUUGCAAAUUAGAAUUUCAUGGCUGGCCCUGCGAUGAGGUGGCGACUUGUCCAGGGUGUACCCCGCCUUCCGCCCGAUUGUAGCUGAGAUAGGCGCCAGCGCCCCCCGCCACCCCAAAAAGGAAUAAGCGGUAGAAAAUGGAUGGAGAAUUUCAUGGCUGCAACACGUGCCAAAGUAGUUGGGAAAGGGCAUGUUCACCACUGUUACAUCACCUUUUCUUUCAAGAACGUACGUGGAGUGAUUUCUCCAGAUUCUCUGAACCUGAUGUUAAAAUCCCUUGCGAUUGCACUUCGAGAAAUGUUGUCCUUAAACUGUUUUUGUUUUUUUCAGACCACAGAACACUUUUCCACUUUGCAUCAGUCAAUCUUAGAUGAUCUCGGGCCCAGAGAAGCUGGCGGCGUUUCUGGAUGUUGUUGAUAAAUGGCUUUCGCUUUGCAUAGUAGAGCUUUAACUUGCACUUACAGAUGUAGCGACAAACUGUAUUUAGUGAUAGAGGUUUUCUGAAGUGUUCCUGAGCCCAUGUGGUGAUAUCCUUUAGAGAUUGAUGUUGGUUUUGGAUACAGUGCCGUCACGGUCAUGCAAUGUUGGUUUCCGGCCAUGCCGCUUACGUGGAGUGAUUUCUCCAGAUUCUCUGAACCUUUUGAUGAUAUUAUGGACCGUAGAUGUUGAAAUCCCUAAAUUUCUUGUAAAUGCACUUUGAGAAACGUUGUUCUUAAACUGUUUGACUAUUUGCUCACGCAGUUGUGGACAAAGGGGUGAACCUCGCCCCAUCCUUUCUUGUGAAAGACUGAGCAUUUUUUGGGGAAGCUGCUUUUAUACCCAAUCAUGGCACCCACCUGUUCCCAAUUAGCCUGCACACCUGUGGGAUGUUCCAAAUAAGUGUUUGAUGAGCAUUCCUCAACUUUAUCACUAUUUAUGGCCACCUUUCCCAACUUCUUUGUCACCUGUUGCUGGCAUCAAAUUCCAAAGUAUUGAUUAUUUGCACAAAUCAGUUUGAGCAUCAAAUAUGUUGUCUUUGUAGCAUAUUCAACUGAAUAUGGGUUGAAAAGGAUUUGUUAAUCAUUGUAUUCCGUUCAUAUUUACAUCUAACACAUCUUCCCAACUCAUAUGGAAAUGGGGUUCGUAGGUCUCUAGAACCAGUCUAAUUUUGUUUCUUCAAAGUAACAACUGGAAGGUGAUUGCUAAUCUUAAAAAAAACAACAUUUGAACAUUCCAAGGAUGGAUACUGGAUUUUAUAUAUCAAGUGAAUCAUUCCUUUUACAUCGGGUUGAUAUGCAAACCAAUUAUAUUUGAUCUUUUGUGUUUAUUAUUUAUACACCGUAGUGAAUUGACAGGGGCCUGUUUAUUUUCUACCAUGACUCUAGUAAUAGUUUUUAGUCUUGUUUUUUUUUUCCCCUCUAGGAGUUGUUUGUGUCAAUUGGAAAAAUAAAACGACCAAUAAACUUGCCUGCUAACUUAUUAGGUACGCCUAGACGAACUACAAUGGCUAUUUUUCAUUGGAUGGGAAUGAUUAGCGUCAUCUGUUUAAGAGAAUACAAGCUUGGCGAGAUCUCGAUUUGUCAUCGGUGGGAAAGUUUUGAAGUUGCUUUAGUUCCAGCUGUGUCUACGGAAUAAAUUAGCAAGUCAGUUGUAAUGUUUUUGUUGAUGCUAUGUAAUAAAGAUGUGUAUUCAUUA